AUGAUUACAAAACUAGACAGUGUGCUUUUGCCCCGAAAAAAGUUCAUCUACCAUUACAAGAACGUGCGCUGGGCAAGGGGCCGCCACGAAACAUAUCUCUGCUUUGUAGUGAAGAGGCGAGUGGGGCCAGACUCCUUAUCCUUUGACUUUGGACACCUCCGCAAUCGCAAUGGCUGCCAUGUAGAGCUGCUGUUCCUGCGCAAACUGGGAGCCUUGUGUCCUGGUUUGUGGGGGUAUGGAGGUGCUGGGGAGAAAAGGCUCAGUUACUCCAUCACCUGGUUCUGCUCCUGGUCUCCCUGCGCCAACUGCGCCUCAAGACUGUCCCAGUUCCUCAGCCAGAUGCCCAACCUUCGCCUCCGGAUCUUCGUCUCUCGCCUUUAUUUCUGCGACAUGGAGGACAGCCGUGAAAGAGAGGGCCUAAGAAUGCUGAAGAAAGCUGGCGUGCAGAUCACAGUCAUGAGUUACAAAGACUUCUUCUACUGCUGGCAGACCUUUGUGGCUCGUAAGCAGAGCAACUUCAAGGCCUGGGAAGAGCUGCACCAAAACUCUGUUCGCCUCGCUAGAAAACUCAACCGCAUCCUCCAGCCCUGUGAAACAGAAGAUUUGAGAGAUGCCUUCAAGCUUCUUGGACUAUGA